AUGACAAGACGCGUAAAGAAACAGUGUUUGAGCCAGACACAACCGAUAGACGAUUUCAGCUGUGCUGGAACGCUGGUUCACGUCGGUCACGAAUCGCAUGUUGAGUCCGAGAAAGAAGAAAACAUUGAACAAUCUUUGGCAACGUAUGAACAAUCUUUGGCAACGUAUGAUCAACCUAAUGAUGCAGAAAUUAGCGAUGAUGAGUCGAUGCAAAGCGGCGUCCGCGCUGGGUUAGAGGAAACAUCCGCGAAUGAAACCGCCAUCUUUUAUGCCAAUGGAGACUCACAAACACAGCAAAGGAGCGAGAAUGAGAGAUAUAAAUCGAUCGAAGUUAAUCAAACUAUCGAUAAAGGUCUAAGAGAAUCAGAGGACGCAACUGUUGAUCAAUCGGCGCACCUUCCAGGUACAACUAGCUCUGAUGGGCCAACAAUCUCCCAAUCGAUCAACAGUCGUCCUUUGCAGCGGACUUCAAAUCCCACCAUUAAUCAGAGAGUCAUUGUACCUUAUGAGGGCUGGACUUAUUCUAGCGAUUUCAGAAAUCUAGUACAUGACACCUCUCUUGAACCUAGCCAUUAUCAUCAUUAUAGCAGUUCUGGAGAAUUGGAUGGUGAACGCGGGCGGCUCAAUAUUAGAAAAAGACUGCCCAAUACGACUAUAUGAGCCCUCAGCAGGCUUUCGAGGGAAAGUUCAAUUUUGAUUUUGCUGGGUUUUCGAUAAGCCCUUUCCAUAAGUUAAGCCAGACAGUAGGUUCAAAUGAAGGAUAUAUGGAAGGACAGGUGGUGAAUAAAUUCGAUUCUUGGCUCUCUUCUUCGCCAUACGAAAUCUGGUUCACUAAAGUCAAAGACGAGAACCCUUACACUGUUUGUAAAUAUGAUGAAUGCGGGCACAAAUCCUCGCUUCAAGGCAAUUCGACAUCAUCAAAUUUUGUCAGGCAUCUCAAACAUAGGCAUUGCGAUGACUUUUCAUUAUUCUGCAAAAAUUUGAACGGAAAGCUGAGAUCUCUGGAAUCAUUUUCCACAGUUCUUUCGACUUUUUCAAGACCCGUUCUUCUGACAAAGAGAUUCGUGAAAUUCUCGGCUCUCAAUAAGUGCAAGCUGAUUUAACUCCAUGCUUUUAUUGAAAAUUUCGUUCCGUUCCAUUUGGUAGAAGCACCUGCUAUGAGAUCGUUUUUACAAUUUCUCAAUACGUCUAACUGACCUCUCAUUUCAUCGCGUAAAGCGUUGGUUAGACUUCCGAACGACUAUGAAUACGAGUUCAGCAAAGUAUUGAAGUCUGCUUUGCGACACUCUAUCAACUUCAACCUGCUACUAGACAUGCGGACGUCCUCGGGCCAAAAGAGCUAUUUAGCCGUCAUGGUAUCAUUUUGCCCAAACUUGAAAAAGAAGUGGUGCUAUGAGAAGGAUGACUUGGUUAUUUCAGCGAAUCAGGACACGCGCGUCCUAGAUUUUAUAGACGUCAGUGAUAAAACGCACACAGCAGAAAAUCUUAAGACUGCCUUAUCGGAAUGUCUCGCGAAGUAUUCGAUCAGUCACAAAAUUGGCAGCAUCACCCUAGACAAUGGGUCCAACAAUAUCUCAAUGCUUGAGAACCUCGAUGAGGCUUUUGAAUUAGGAUUAGAGGUUGCUGAACCUAGAGCAUUACAAAGAUCCGGUGUAUGAGCCAUGUUUCAAAUCGCAUCUUUAUUCAUUUAUUCAGAGCCUUUGAAAACAUCACUCAAGCUUGCCCUCAAGAAUCGACAAGAUCUCAUACUAUACCAACAGCAAUGUUUUUGUCAAGGAAAAACUUAA